UUCAUGUGUGUAUGUGUACCAUGUGUGUUUUUGUUCAUGCACAUGCACUCAUGUAUGUUUUUACAUAUACACAUGUACACAGUAAACAUACUGUUUUUAAGUUCUGAAUGUAUUUUGAGAACUUCAGACAUAGAUUUGAAAUUCCAGUUGAUCAGAAAAUUCUCUAAAAAUGCAUGAUGGAGGCCGGGACAGACCAUUCUGGGGAUACACAAGAGGGCAGUCUGGCCCCUCCCAAACUGAUGAGGGCUUUGUCCCAAACCCUAGAGAGAGGGGUUCAUAAAACUGUGCGAUGGUGCCGGAGGCGUUUCUCAGAUAUAGCACUGAGAGAUUUAUCUGGCACAAAAGCUCUUGAGAAAGGAAAGAUACAGACACGUAAACAUAACGGAAAGUUUGACAGAGAACGUAAGAUUUCUUCUUGGCAUUCAACAUAUGAUAAACAUUAUAUGAAGGAGCAACAUUCAGAAACGAGUGAAAGAUUGAAAGAAUGGCGGACGUCGGGUGAUGGCUGUUCAGGAGAUGAGGCUUCAUCACCCCUGCCAACAGCCGCUGGCAUUUUGAACCCUGAACUACCACUGUCAGACGAUGGAGACCUUGGGGCCUCGGCAUUACCUGAUUCCUUUAAUGUACAAGAUUCUAGUCCAGGAGAUAGUGAUAUGACCAAGGAACAACGAGAACUCCGUAAGCGACAGUUUGUGAUAGCUGAGCUUGUUGAAACGGAACGUCUUUAUGUUAGAGACUUGGCAGAUGUAGUAGAAGGUUAUAUCACAGAAAUGCGCAAUCCUGACUCGGAAAUGAAAAUGCCAGAUGACCUCAAGGAUGGAAAGGACAAGAUGGUGUUUGGGAACCUUGAGGCUAUUUAUGAAUGGCAUAGAGAUUUCUUCAUGAAGAAUAUUGAACGCUGCAUAGAACACCCAGAAGAAAUUGGGCCCGCGUUUCAACGAAGUGAAAAGAGACUUCAGAUAUAUGUUAAAUACUGCCAAAAUAAACCAACUUCAGAAUAUAUUGUCUCAGAACAUUCAAGUUACUUUGAAGAACUGAGACAAAAGUUAGGGCAUAAGCUGCAACUCCCCGACCUCCUGAUCAAGCCAGUCCAGCGGUUAAUGAAGUACCAGCUCCUCUUGAGGGACAUACACAAGCAUACAGAGAGAGCAGGUCUCCACCAGGAAGCAGAGGCCAUCAAGAAGGCUCUGAACAUCAUGAUUGUUGUGCCAAAAGCAGCCAAUGACAUGAUGAAUGUAGGGAGAUUACAGGGCUUUGAUGGAAAGAUCAUGGCACAAGGCAAACUCCUGUUAUAUGGACCCCUGAUGUGUUGUGAGGGCCCCUCUGCUCACAAUUUCCGAGGAAAAGAACUCAUGGUGUUUUUGUUUGAGCAGUCCAUUAUAUUCUCAGAAAGUGGACGCAAGAAGAACCAAUUCUCGAAUCCAGUAUAUGCAUACAAGAGUCAUUUACAGGUCAACAAAAUGAGUUUAGUGGAGAAGGCUGACGACGGUGACCCCCUCAAGUUCACGUUGCAAUCUACUGACCCGAGAAAACCCCAUUUGGCGUUUGUGUGCCAGGGAGCCACCGAAGAUAACAGAAACCAAUGGGUCUCACAGAUCCGACACCUCCUCCAGACGCAGAAGGACUUCCUCAAGGCUAUUCAGUCCCCCAUUGCGUAUCAGAAGGAGCAGACAAAGAAUGUGCAUAACUUUCACAGGAUGGAUCACUUGGGACACAGCAGCAUGAACGCAUCACUUCGCAAGACUUUCAGCCAACCAGCAGCCAUGCAACGUACUGUGGCGUCGAAAAAGAAAGCAAAUACGAUUGAUAUUCCGUCAAGCAGAGGAAUGCCUAGCAGUAGUCCUAGUUCCUCUACUGUCACAUCGCCUCAGAGUUCCAAACCUCCGCCACCUCCUCCUCCUCCUCUUCCUCCAGCCAUGCAUGCUGGGGUUCCGAGGGUUCCCUCUCACAUCCCACUCAGGAAGCAAGGAUCUGCAGACAAGCUUGAUGUACCUUCUAGUCCCCCUAAAGUUAGAAAGAAUUUCUUUGAUGGCUUCCGUAACACGCUUCGGCCAAGAGUAAAGGCCGAAGGAGUGGGGAAGGGCCAAGGCGAUGAUGUAUGUGAGGGUUCGGAGUCGGGCGUGACAUCCCCGAGACAGGAGAGCAAAGAGGAUGGAUACCCCAGACGAUGGUCUGAGUCUGGAUCUCCCACAAAGUCGGGUGAAUGGAGUGUGUCUCUACCACCGGGAACGUUGGUGAAGGUCCUGGCAGACUUCACGGCCUUAAGGGAGGAUGAAAUCUCAGUCAACAGAGGCGAAGUUAUACAGGUGAUUUCAUCAAAUGCUCUUCGUGGUUACCUGGUUCACAGAGCAGCCACCAGCAACAGUCCAGCAGCUGAGGGUUGGGUUGCUGCCAAUGUUCUGCUUCCUUCGGCACACCCAGAUGCCCAGACAACCCCUCCAGCAUCACCCACGCACGUCCCUGCCCAGUAUGAGCCUCUGGGCAAAAGACAGUGGAUGAAAUUCCGAAAGCCAUCCUUCUCUAAGAGAGAUACCAAAGAUACCCAUCCUCCCCCACUCAGACGAGAGGAGACAGUCCAUGAACUCCCAAGCAUGCGGUCCCUCACAUCUCGGCCUCCAUUGCCUACCCGUCAGAUGACAGUGUCGCUCAUUAAUCCUUAUCAUACGGAAAACAGUAGUGAUAUUAAUAAUCGUGUAUCAGCUCGAGAUAAACCUCCUAGUGGAUGUGUGCCAGCAUCACCUGAAUCUCCAGUCAGAAUAAUAUCGCCUCUGCGAAAUGUGACUGUUUGUCCUGGAGAACCUGCAGAAAUGGUGUGCACAAUCACGGGUGCUGGUCUCUGGGCAGAAUCAACCACAGUGGCUUGGGCUGGCCCUCACGGGCCAUUGGUUGACCCACGCUUUGAGAUGGAACAGCACCGAGAUGGAACUCUGAGGCUCCAUGUUGGAAGUUGUCGUGUUACAGAUGCUGGUGAAUACACCUGCACCAUCACCUGUGGAGGGUAUUCCAUCGCCUGUUCUGCCCGCAUCAAUCUGUCCCAGGGUAAGGACCAUAGCUAUUCUAACGGCCAUUCCUAGAAAUAGGAGUACUGGAUUUGUGCUGGUGUUGGCUGAAUUGACUGUAUCUUGGAACUCACCAUUUUAUUUCAAUAAAAUCUAAAAUUUCCUCCAGAACCAGCAAUCAUGCAGAUGGUGUUCAAGAAACUUUUUAUUUUCCUAUCUUCCUGAUAUUGUUUGUAUCUUAAUAUCUUGAAAUGGAAGUUAAUGAAUAAUCAGCAGGAAUGAGAAAAACGUUCUGCAAGAUGUUGGGUGAAGUUAAUAAGGUAGUUAAACAUGCUUACUGGCAGUAGAGCUAACCCAAGUGGUUAAGUGUCAAAGCAGCAAAGAUAGUAGUGUGUGAAGUGAUGAAAGAUACCUUAGCUCUGUAUGUUAUACUAAAUGCGUUUCAUGACAGCAUGAGAGACAUUUAAAGUCCAAGUAUUUCAAGUUUACUAUAGAGAUCCUAAAGUCUUUUCAGCAGAUAUGAUAAUCAUAAGCUUUGUCUGUUGUAUGUUAGAGAGAGCAACUGUACACUGUAUUGUCUUUUUAUAAUGUAAAACUGUAUUAUUUAGUGUUGAAUUUGUCACAGUUUCUCCCAAAAAUAUAUCUUUUAGAAGUAAAUUAGUGACAGUAAUUCCUAUGGAAUUAACGUGACUGUAGAUAAGAUGUAAAUGGUUAUGUUGUUAUAAGAAUGUAUUUUUUAUAGGUUAUGCUGACCUCCAUUCAUUGUGAGUCGUGAUUUGAUUCCAAUAAUGAUUGCAUGAUAU